AUGGCUGAGCGAGCCGGGGUCCUCUCAAGCACGGCGAUCGCGGUGUUGAUCGCUGAGGGCGGGGUCGACGCGGCGGUGCCUAUCGGGACGGGCCAGAUACAGCCGGCGAGCCUCGAUCUCAGGCUGGGGCCAACCGCGCACAGGGUGCGUGCGAGCUUCCUGCCGGGCCGCGAGAGCGUCCGCGCGAAGAUCGAGCGUUUAGGCAUGCACGAGAUCGACCUCGCGCCCGGCGCCGUGCUGGAGCGUGGCUGCGUCUACAUCGUCCCGCUGAUGGAGAGCCUCGCGCUCGCGCCUGACGUCUCAGCGCACGCCAACCCCAAGAGCUCCACCGGGCGGCUCGACAUCUUCACCCGGCUCAUCGCCGACGAGGCGCACGAGUUCGACCGGGUGCAACCCGGCCACCGGGGGCCGCUCUACGCCGAGGUCUCGCCCCGCACCUUCAGCAUCGUGGUGCGCGCGGGAAGCCGGCUCAACCAGAUACGCUUCAAGCGUGGGGCGCCCGGCUAUUCCGAAGGUGCGCUCGAGCGCCUGCACGCAGAACGGCGCCUGAUCGAGGGGGAGGUUGCGCGCGGCGGCUUUGCCGGCGGCCUGCCGCUCUCCGUCGAUCUUGCUGGCAGCGGCGGUGGCCUCGUCGGCUGGAAGGCGAAGCGCCAUACCGACCUGAUCGACCUUGACCAGGUUGGCCGCUACGAUCCCGCCGACUUCUGGGAGCCGAUCGCGCGGCCGAGCGCUGCCGGCGUGAUCCUGAACCCGGACGACUUUUACAUCUUGGCGUCGAAAGAAUCGGUGCGUAUUCCGCCGGACCACGCCGCUGAGAUGGUGGCGUACGAUACGCUGGUCGGCGAGUUUCGCGCGCACUACGCGGGCUUCUUCGAUCCGGGUUUCGGGCAUGACGAAGCCGGCGGCGGCGGCACGCGUGCGGUCCUCGAAGUCCGCUCCCACGACGUGCCCUUCAUGAUCGAGGAUGGCCAGACAAUCGGCCGGCUUCUCUUCGAGCCGCUGACCGAGCGGCCGGCAGAGCUCUACGGGCGCGGCAUCGGCUCUUCGUAUCAGCGCCAGGGUCUCGCGCUCGCCAAGCAGUUCAAGCAGCCUCGGCUGGAUGCUGUCGCGACGGUAUGA